CUUGCCGCCACUUUUAUUUGAGUCAUGUCUUCUAGGACCGAUUUUUUCUUUGUUCUUUCUAUACUUACCCCAAGUAUACAGAUCAAUUAAUUCUGUAUUUGUCGCAACUUGUUGCACAAGAUUAUUCUGGGCAGGGAUGGAAGCAUAUGAAUAUAGCGCUUCCAGUGCUUACCAUGUCCCCGAGGCCUCAGCGCCAAAGAGCUCCUAGAAUUAGCGCACAUCCACUAAUUUUAGGCAAACGUCCCUCUGAAACAAGGUUCUCCUUCCACCGACCCUGAGCCUCCAACUCUCCGGAAGUUUGUCCCAUCAACAACAUAAAGGGCCUUGAAGAACGAGAUACAGCGAGGAAUAAAAUAGGAGUCUACUCGUACAUAGGAGGCCCCUCGCCAAGAAUAUGAGCCAUAACCCCGCAUGAAGGAUUGAAUGAGGCUGACCAUGACAGGGCGUUUCAAACGAGACGGGCGAUUCCAGGCAACCACAGCCUCUCUCCUUCGAGUCACCGAUGAAAGAAAGUCCUAGAUAAAUCUGUCCUUUAUCAUCAUUCCACUUCCAAUUAAUUUCAAUUUUAUAUUCAGGCACCCUUUUAAGAUCAAUAUAAGACCUUCAAUCGGUACCUGCAUCCGCUCUGCCUUAAAUCUCCUCUCAAGAUCUCAUCUCAAGCCAACAUCCCACCUCAUCACGCUACCUACCCAAACCACAACAACACCACACCACCACCCCCCUCCAACAACAAUAGUAAUGCCCCCCAACUCCCCCCUCACAAUCCUCCAACAAGCCCGCGCCCUCCACGCCGAGCGCGCCAGGCGAGGCAUCGAAGAACAAGGCAUCAGCAAAGUCCUCCGCACAAACUACAAGUCCCUCCCCAUUCCCUACCCCAGCACAUUCCUCUCCCCAAUCUCAGACCCCUCAACCAUCAAAGUGCAACGCAUCGAUUUCGCAAAUUCGCCUUUAAGGGAGUAUAAGAAAUGUUUCGCUGUUGUGCUGGAUGAUGUUUUGAGUAAAGAGGAAUGCGAGGAUUUAAUUAGGUUUGCUGAGAUGAGUGUUGGUGCGCAUGGGAAUGGGAAUGGGUCGCUGGUGGCGGGAGAUGGGGAAAGAGAGGGGGAGAGAGGAGAUGAGGGUGAGAUGAGGGUAGGAGAGGCGGUGGAGGAGCCAAAAGAUAACGGGUGGAAGCCAGCAUUGGUGAGCGCAGGUCGAAACCACGAAGUUCUAGCAGUGCAUUACAGAAAUUCUGACCGGAUCAUCUGGGAUGAGAAGGAGAUUGCUACGAGGAUCUGGAAGCGAGUCUUACAGGCUGAAGGCAUGGCCGAAUAUUUCAAGUGUCUGAGUGGUGAAGAGUAUGUUCCUGUCGUGGGGGGAAGUGCUCUUUAUAAGAGUGAGGUGAGAGUUAUUACGGAAGAGGGCUUGAAUGAGAGGUUGCGGUUUCUGAGGUAUGGGCCGGGACAGUUUUUCAAAGAACACUGUGACGGCCAAUACGAGACUGAAGACGGCCUGGCCGAAUCAUUCUACACGUGCCAUCUCUACCUCAAUGACUCUGCUCAAGUCCUCGGCAUCCCACCAGGCUCAGAACAAGACUCAGCAGACCUCCUCCGCGGUGGAGCAACCACUUUCCAUUCUGUCAAGCGCGACCACAGGAUGGAUAUUGAUCCUAAAAUUGGUCGUGUGCUUAUCUUCCAGCAGAGGAAAUUGCUGCACAGUGGGGAUGAAGUGCUGAGUGGAUUGAAGUAUACGAUGAGAAGUGAUUUGAUGUAUCGGUAUGAACUAACGGGUGUGCGGGAGGAGGAUGAUGAUGGGGCGAUCGAUUUUGGAGUUGUGGAUACGUAA